CACAGUCUUCAAACGAAGUCGACCACGACUCACGAGUCGAUGAUGACGAUAUGACGAUGACUUUGUUUUGGUUCAUUUUCAAACUCGCUGAACACCGGUCUUCUCAGAAUAUUUGAAAUUACUCCACAGUGCUGCAGUAACAUCGGUAUUGAAAUAGAUUGAAGAAUGGGAGGCAUUACCAGCAAAUUUGUUGAUGAAGUAGUCAAUGACUCUAAACAAGAACAUACCCCCAAGGUUAAACAGUUACCUUUUGAUCCCCGCUCUCCAUCAGAGCAGAUCACAAGAACGCCCAUUACAACCUUGAAGACCCCUGAUAAUAAUUUAGACACACCCACAGAUGCCAAAAUUUUCAAGGUGGUUGAUCCUCGUUCCCCAAAUAAUGAGGUAACUCGGACUCCAAUUAUUGUUGAGAAAAAGGAAGUGCCACGUCGUCCUCUGUCUCUUAAGCCAGCUACAGAGAUGAAGCUGGAUUCGUUUUUGUGUGCUCCAAAUGAUGAAAAUGAAGGUGAGGAGAAGCAAGAUCCUCGUUCUCCAACAGUCAAAGUACCCAGAACACCCCUUGAAGAUAAAGUAUUAGAUUUAGAAGUCAGAAAGUCGUCAGAUGACACAGAGGAGGAAAAGAAUGAAAAUGCAGAGGUAGCCAGGCAAAAUGACAAAGGCAUACAAGAGGAGAAUAGGACUCUUGUGAAGAAAUUGUUCCCAAGUGAAGGACAAGGUGACAAGGUUCGUCGUCCCUUAGUACUUGUACAGAAUACAGUUUCUGCAAAGACACCAAGAGAUCUUCUUCAAGCCAAGCAUUGCAAGAAUGUUGAAGAUGAGUACAACAAGAACAUUCGUACUUUGCUACCAGACCAAGAAAAUAUAAUAGUACACUCUAAAACAGACUUUGUAGAGAAUAUCUGAAGUAGAUUGUAAAGUACAGAUAUUCAUUAUUUAGUUCUAAGGAUUUUAUUUUUUUAAAAGGAAAAUUAGGUUUCGAGAAAUGUUUUAUAUGGCCACCUCUACUUACAAGAGGAAAAACUAUUUAUGAUGGAGAGGUUUGUAAUAUCAUACCUUAGGCCAGGAUAUUUUCUCAAAUUUCAUGCCAUUGCUGUUGUACAAUGAGACUUCUGUAAUUUGCUGUUUCUUGUGCCAUUUAUCUAGCCAAAGUGCCUCGAUAUAAAACUUUUAUAUAGGAAAAGGUACAUGCAUGUGUAAGUUCACCUUGUUUCCCUCCAUUAGAAGAUUUGGUGGAAGGGUCAAGCAUAGUUUAAUGGCUCCAUUUCUGGCUUGCAGUUUUGAUAUCCUUGGGCUUUUUUUUUUUUAGUGCCUAUUUGUCCUUUUAGAUUCUCAUGUCAGAUUUUUUCCCCCUGACCCACUAAACUAAAAGUGUGUGUUAGUUAUAUCUGUAAAUUAUAUUUUCAGUAUGAAUAGGUGCAAAAUUCGUCAUUAGUCAUUAAUAGAACAAAGAAUAUAUGUGUGUAAUCAACAGUGGUUGCACUGGGUUUAAAUAUUGGUAUUUAAUGAACUCUAAAAAUCCAGCUUUGGAGUCCACUGAAUUCAGUACAGCAAAUGAACUGUGGAAGUUCAGAAUGACUAGAUUUAACGAGAUUUUUGUACAGGUUCAUAGCACAUUACUGAACAAAAUUUGUCAGAAUUUGGCCUUUUUCAUAAGCCAGACAUUGAAUCUCAACAGAUGCUGUAAUUUGCUAAGUAAGCUGUAAUCUUUCCCUUUAACUUUCAAACUAGUCCAUUUCUGCUAGGGCCACUGGUUGCUUAGUUAAGUGCCCUGUCAAACUACUGUAUAUAAAUAACAUUUAAAAUUUUAUUAACA